UCCUCCGGCUGGCGCGCACACACAUUGUUCAGGAUGAUCCCCGGUGAGGCGUGGGUCCUCCUCGGGCUUCUCCUCGGCGCUGAGAGCAGCAGCCUUUGGGGGAAGAGCGCAGCUUUCCACCGGGAUGAAGCUCGCGGGCGUGCACGCGUGCGUCCCAGGAGGGAAGCCAGCCGUUCGAGCCCCUAUCACGGUCCUCCCUUCACCUCCUGUCGUCUCCCCCUCACUCCAGCUGAGCACGUGGUUCUGGAUCUCAACACACACGAGACAGGAUUUAAUGGAGAUGAUGGCUCCUAUGUGAUUCUCACCUGGGUGGGCGAUGAUACUGGAGUCAUCCUGGUGCUGUCAACCAUCAGCUCUCCUCUUGAGUCUUUUCAGGAAGGAGGCUCAUCACGCCUUUACCGCAGCAUCGAUUAUGGGAAGUCCUUCCAUGACAUCUCCCAGAGCAUCAACCACACCUUCAUCAAGGAGGAGUUUGGAGUCAGUGUUGGUCCUGGGAUCUCCGUAAUCCUGACUGCAGACACACCUGUCCUUAACAAUCCAGGUGGGAUUAUCUUCACCUCCAGGGAUGCAGGCGCGAGCUUCAAGCUCAUCCAGCUGCCCUUUCACCUGGCCCAGCCAAUCACGUACCACUUCUCCAACCCCGACUACCUAGCAGCUCUGAGCAUCGACGGCGGCCUUUGGCUCUCUCUGGACUUUGGCGCGGCGUGGACAAAGGUUCAUGAUGGAGUGAAGUCUUUCUUAUGGGGGGCAGGCGACAAUUUGUUCUUCGGCUGCAGUCGCGUAGAUGCAGUUGAGGCGGAAGAAAGGGGAGAUUUGGUGCUAAAGAGGACGCACGAUCUGGGAAAAACGUUCACCAUCAUCCACAAGGACGUCUUCAGCUUUGGCUACAUUGGAGUGUUUCUCUUCUUCUCUGUGAUGGAGGAUCCGGGGUCCCCACGUGUCAUGUACUUUUCAUCCGACCAAGGACAAACCUUCAGCCAAGCGUUACUGCCAUCAGCCUCCACUGAGCAGUUUUACUCGAUCUUGGACGGAGAUGAGGACAUGCUCUUCAUGCACGUGGACAACCCAGGAGACACCUACUUUGGCACCAUGUACACCUCAGACGACCGCGGGAUUCUGUUCUCCAAGUCGCUGGAGCGCCACCUGUUUGACGGGCACAGGAGGAGCGACUUCACCAACAUCACGUCCCUGAGAGGAGCCUACCUAACCAAUAAACUAGACGUGGAUGGGCGAAUACGAUCCGUCAUCUCCUUCAACAGAGGAGGAGCUUGGAGGCAGCUUGACAAACCUGAGAAUGUAGACUGUGAAGCUCACGUCAAGAAGGUAGGACGGCAUCAUCGAUACAUGCGGUCUCUCCGCUACAACAUUCCCACAUCUUUGUGUUUUCUUUUCCUCUCUCAGUGCAAUCUACACAUUCACGGAGAACACAGUCGAAAGAAUGGAAUAGUGCCUAUGCUGGCUCUGUCUGAGCCAACCGCUGUUGGCCUUGUCAUUGGACACGGGACUGUAGGGGAUUCUCUGUCGUCAUCGCAGUACCCAGAUGUGUUUGUGUCAUCAGACGGGGGUUACAGCUGGAAGGGGACCCUGAAGGGCCCCCAUCUCUACAGCAUCCUGGACUCUGGGGGCCUCAUUGUGGCUGUUGAGGCACAACAUAAAGGACAAGUCAAGACCAUCAAAUUCUCCACUGAUGAAGGCCAGUGCUGGAAGUUGUAUAACUUCACAGAGCAGCCCUUCUUCUUUGCAGGCCUGGCCUCUGAGCCAGGCACUAAUGCCAUGCUUGUCAGUGUUUGGGGGUUCCGCCCUGAAGAUGAUAACCAGCCAAUGUGGGUGGCCGUCACCAUUGAUUUCCAGAGUCUUAUUACCAGAGAGUGUACGACUGACGACUAUGAAGAGUGGUUGGCUCAUUCCACUGAAGAAAAGGACUCGGAGACUAACGGUUGUGUACUGGGGGUAAAGGAGACCUACAGGAGGUUAAAGAAAGAGUCUGUUUGCAGAAACGGGCGAAACUUUGUGGUAAAAAAGAAGCAAAGCUCCUGCUUGUGUACCCGAGAGGACUAUAUAUGUGACUACGGCUUCUAUCGCCACGUGAACACCUCAGAGUGUGUGAAGCAACCAGACGCUACUAACAAAACGUUGGAAAUGUGUCUGAAUGGGCAAGAAGAUGAGCUUCUCACAACAGGGUAUAGAAAGGUCCCGAGUGACCGGUGUGAAGGAGGGUUUGCUCCUCGCCUCUCGGCGCAGACAGUCCAUCCCUGUGCGUCACCAAGCACCAGCUCUCCUCCCACGUCACCGUCUAAAGUCUCCCACUUUGACACCCCGAAAGAAAGGCUGGUGUUGAUCCUGGUGUGCGCAGGAGCGGCCGUUAUUGUCCUGACAGUGGUUAUCUCGGCGGCUCUUGUAGUCAGGAGGGUGGUCUAUAGAAGCAGCAGGGUACCUGAGUAUCGGUUCUCCAACCUGCGCAUUCAAGAUGACAACAACUGCAUCACAACGGACCUGCAGAGUGCUGCCAGCAGCAAUGGUACAAUCUACCAGCAUCAAUCACAUGAUGUGAGAGACCUUAUGGCGCGUUUUCAUUGAUGAACUUCAGCUUAAGUGUGCAAAUGUUCUCUGCUUUAUUUGAAAUACCCAUUGUGUGUGCAGUGCAACUGAUUUUUUUAUUUAGCUCACCUCUAGUGACUUGAUGUGACAACAUUAUAUGGUUUUUUUUCCUCUCUCUUUUUUUGUAGGAUCUGAUUCAAUGACGCACAACUUACUUUCCCUGAAGAGAUGACUGCACUGAAAACUUACUGCAAGCCACGCUUUCUUGGAAACGUCCCACUGUGUUCGUGGAAGUCCUUUUGUGUCAACAUUUCAACUUUAAAUUGAUUAAAAAUAAAAGUUAUUCUUUUUUAUUUAUUAAACACACAUCAUAACUUGUC